UAAGUGUAAACAACAUAUAAGGGUAAAAUAAGGGGUGCUUAUCCCAAAUCCUGUUUAUAGACAACCUUUUUUAUAUGACUUGAUGUGUUGGACCUUCUACUAUGUGUAAAGUACAUUGUUCUGUUGUACAUCUACCAACAGGGAGGGCAGCGGGGGACAUUUUUCAGGACAAUUCGGUGCUCUCCAACCCCUUGGCAGGCCUGGUGAUCGGAGUGCUUGUGACCUUACUAGUGCAGAGCUCCAGCACAUCAUCUUCCAUAGUGGUCAGCAUGGUUUCGUCACAAAUUUUCAGUGUGUCUACAGCGAUUCCUGUUAUAAUGGGCACCAACAUUGGUACAUCUGUUACAAACACCAUGGUGGCCAUGACCCAGGCUGGGGACAGGAACAAGUUCCGCAGGGCUUUUGCUGGAGCGACAGUUCAUGAUUUUUUCAACUGGCUUUCUGUCCUGGUGCUGUUACCGUUGGAGGUUGCCACUGGUUACCUGGACAUAGUCACUGGGCUCCUGAUCGAUUCCUUUCACAUACAAAGUGGAGAGGAUGCCCCCGAGUUGCUCGGUGUCAUCACAGAUCCACUCACCACAGCUAUCAUAGAGCUGGACGAAAGUGUGAUUGGAGGAAUAGCUACUGGAGCAGAUAACGCAAAUAGUUCUCUCAUCAAGAUUUGGUGUGAAACCUUCACCAAUGCAACCGAGAUGAAUGUGACAGUGCCAGCCAUAGAGAACUGCACAUCUCCCUCUCUCUGCUGGACAGAUGGCAAUCUGGUUUGGACUCUGACAAAUGUGUCACAGACCUUUAACGUUACAAAAUGUAAUCACCUGUUUGUGGGUACCAGUCUCUCUGACCUGGAGGUGGGCCUGAUACUAUUGGCUCUUUCUCUGCUGGUACUCUGUUCCUGCCUCGUCAUCAUCGUCAAGCUGCUAAACUCCAUGUUGAAGGGCCAGGUGGCAAUUGUCAUCAAUAAGGUCCUAAACACAGACUUCCCAUAUCCCUUCGGAUGGCUGACAGGGUACAUUGCCAUCGUAGUCGGAGCAGGAAUGACCUUCAUCGUUCAGAGCAGCUCGGUCUUCACAUCUGCCAUCACCCCCCUAGUCGGAAUUGGAGUAAUAAGUAUCGAGAGAGCUUAUCCUCUGUCUUUGGGUUCAAACAUUGGUACAACAACGACAGCUCUGUUGGCAGCUUUGGCAAGUCCUAAAGAGACGUUGAAGAACUCAUUGCAGAUUGCAAUGGUGCAUUUCCUGUUCAACAUCUCAGGCAUACUGUUAUGGUAUCCAAUACCCUUCACCCGAGUGCCUAUCCGGCUUGCCAAGGCGUUGGGGAACAUAACGGCACAGUACCGCUGGUUUGCCGGCCUCUACAUUCUCACCUGCUUCUUUCUCAUACCGCUGUCCAUCUUCAGUCUCUCGCUGGCUGGCUGGCAGGUUCUGGUGGGAGUGCUCGUUCCCAUCGUGGUGUUCAUCAUUUUCGUCAUCGUGGUGAAUACGCUGCAGUCACGUCGGCCACAGUGGCUGCCGUCAUUCCUGCGCUCCUGGGACUCCCUGCCCCUCUGGAUGCACUCCUUGGAACCUUGGGACCGCAAAGUCAGCUGGAUGCUGGGCCACUGCUGCUGCUGCUGCAAGUGCUGCAGACCGCAGAACCCAGACGACACGCCAGCCUCAGAGCCAGUAAAGGACGGUCACGCUCUGGAGAUGUAUGGCCCAGGGAUGAAUGGCAAGGGUGACUCCACCGUGAGCAUGCAUCCCACCGUCAUCAGGGCCACAUCUCUGUAAAACAGCAGCAAACGUGUUCUUUCUUGAUUAUUUAUACUGUACUAUGCAUAUAACGACUUAAUGUUGUCAAUAUCACACAUUGUUUGUUUGGACUGAAUCGUCUUUAAUGGAGAAUAUAACACAAUGAAGUGCCUGUGUUAGAGAGCAAUACCAAAAUGCCAUCCAAGCAAAAACCGAGAGUACUCUGAGAGUACGAUGGUUAAUACAACUAUGGGACAUUCCUUUGUGGAUGUCAGAAGUAUAUGUUCGAAUGUUCAUUGCAACAUUACAGAAUAUCAUAAAUACGUCUGUGCUGGACCUAUUGUAUGAAAAGCUGAAGAAUGAAACAUUGACAUUGCAUUAUCAAUUUAUUUUAUAAUAGAGGCAAUAUUUUGUAAAUACAGCAUUGGAAAUAAUGAAACCAGGUAAAUUUAUAUACACUGAUGUGGGUGUAACUGUGAAGUUUUGUAACUGAUAAUUUACUGAACAUGUAUUAAUUUAAGGUAUUA